UCUCGUCGUGUUUUUAGUCUAAAAUUCUCCUAAAAUCGGCAUUUAAUUAGUGUUCAAAGGCUUUAAAGGCCAAAAAUCAUACUCAGUAGUGUCAAAAUCCGACGUGAGAUGCGAAUUUAACGCCAGAGUAGAGCAAUUCAAAAAAAAAAAAAAUUGAUAUGUAAAGUCUUAUCAAAGAUGUUGACGCUUAAUAGUAGUAACAAUAAUGACAAUAGUAGUAAUAGCAAUGCAAACGGUGGCGAAAAACGACCGAACGACUACACCAACGAUGUAAAUAAAUUAAUAAAAUGCGGAUUUAUGAUUAAGCGAUCGCAAAAUAAAAAGCGAUUCACCUCUGUGAAUUACAAAAGGCGAUGGUUUGAAUUGAACCUUGUCUAUUUGCACUAUUAUGAUGUUCAAAAUGAUCAGAAACGCAAGGAACGAGGAAGAAUUGAUCUGCGAGGAAUCCGAGUUGUGGAAGCGGCGAUUUUAAACAACGGUGGAGAUGUAAUUGCUCCUGAAGGAUUUCCAUUUCAAAUAGGAUAUUGCGAGACAAGUGGAUCGAUCUCAGGAAAUAGUACAUUACCUCAAUACACGCUUUAUGUUCUGGCAACAACAGAAAAAGAGCGCACCGAGUGGAUACGGGUCAUAAGAAAAGCUUGUGAAGAAUUCAGUCCAAAAUCCUUCCGAUUCCAUCCUGGCAUUUGGCUAAUCAAAAAGUGGUCUUGCUGCAAAAGUCUGAGUCGCACUGCACUGGGUUGCCAAGUGACAACAGCAUGGCCCGAAACUAACAAUAAUCCAAGUACAGCUAGUUCUCCCGCACAAACGUCAUUGAGAAGCAUAAGUCCGAGUUUAAAUACAGCCACAAAUUUAUUCGCACAAAAUUCGAGGCAGCAGCAUCACAAUAGUUCAAGUAGUUUAGGAAAUACGACUCCAACAGCUCCUCCACAGCAGUCUGUGUUAUUGACAAACAUGCCUGGCGGAACGGCACCCGGGACGCCCAUCUCGAAGACAAAAGAUGGAUUACCGCAUAUAAAGGUCGUCGUUGCCCUUUAUCCCUUUAAAGCAAUAGAAAAUGGAGAUUUAUCUUUAGAGAAGAAUGCUGAAUACGAAGUGAUAGACGAUUCGCAGGAACAUUGGUGGAAAGUUAAGGAUCAGCACGGCAAUAUUGGUUACAUUCCAAGUAAUUAUGUCAAGGAAAAGGAAUUAUUAGGUUUAUCAAAAUACGAUUGGUAUGUUGGAGACAUGUCACGACAACGUGCUGAAUCCCUAUUGAAACAAAAUGACAAGGAAGGAUGUUUUGUCGUUCGGAAGUCUUCCACAAAAGGACUAUACACUUUAUCACUCCACACCAAAGUUCCACAAUCUCACGUUAAACAUUAUCAUAUAAAGCAAAAUGCCAGAGGCGAUUUUUAUCUGUCGGAAAAACAUUGCUGUGAAACAAUACCAGAUCUUAUCAACUAUCAUAAACAUAAUUCCGGAGGUCUUGCGUGUCGCUUAAAGGUCUCGCCGUGUGAUCGUCCUGUUCCUCCAACUGCGGGCUUGUCGCAUGACAAAUGGGAAAUUCAUCCAUCCGAAUUGAUGCUUUUGGAAGAAUUAGGCUCAGGUCAGUUUGGUGUCGUUCGUCGUGGAAAAUGGCGCGGAUCAACAGAUGUCGCCGUAAAAAUGAUGAAAGUCGGAACCAUGUCUGAGGAUGAUUUCAUUGAAGAAGCAAAAGUUAUGACUAAAUUGCAACAUUCAAAUUUAGUGCAAUUGUACGGUGUCUGUUCCAAGCAUCGCCCAAUUUAUAUCGUCACCGAAUACAUGAAACAUGGAUCCUUAUUGAAUUACUUGCGACGCCACGAACAAUCCUUAAUCGGUAAUAUGGGAUUAUUACUCGAUAUGUGCAUACAGGUAUGCAAAGGCAUGUCCUAUUUGGAGCGCCACAACUACAUUCAUCGUGAUCUCGCAGCAAGAAAUUGCCUCGUUGGAUCUGAAAAUACGGUAAAAGUUGCUGAUUUCGGUCUCGCUCGUUAUGUGCUCGAUGACCAAUACACAAGUUCCGGUGGCACAAAGUUUCCUAUAAAAUGGGCACCGCCCGAGGUUCUCAACUACACGAGAUUCUCCUCGAAAAGUGAUAUUUGGGCGUAUGGUGUUUUGAUGUGGGAAGUAUUCACAUGCGGAAAAAUGCCAUAUGGACGCCUUAAAAAUACGGAAGUAGUUGAACGGGUACAACGUGGAAUUAUCUUAGAGAAACCAAAGGCGUGUGCUAAAGAGAUAUAUGAUGUCAUGAAAAAAUGUUGGUCUCACAGUCCCGAAGACAGACCAGGAUUCCGGAUACUAAAAGACCAAUUAGCAUUAGUCGCACAAGGGCUAACAGACUAAAAAAAGCAACUUUUUUUUAUAUUUGACUAAAAAAAUAUAUUUUAAGACAAUGUUGAUAUUUGUGCAAGUAAGGAAUAAACAUUUUCAUAUCUCUAAAAAAUUAUCCAAUACUCAUAUUACAAGAGAAAUUUACCAAGUUUGAAAAAAAAAGAAAAAAAAAUCAAAACAUUGCCACUUAUAAGAGCCAUCAUUUUUAUUUGUUUGUUUUUAUGUUAAAAAAAAAAUACUGAUAAUAGUAAGUACAGUGACUGAGAUUAACU